AUGCAUGACCAUAACACUCCAACUAUCCUCGCUGUGAAGCAUAUUGGGUCCGUGGUCUCUGACACGGUGCUUGAGCUCGACGUUGGCAUCACCAACCCAUUAUCGCUCCACGAUACGGACGCAAUACUAUCGAACGGGUACAACAAGCCAGGUCUCACAACCUACUUGGUCUCUGGCGCCGGAGGUCUCCUCGGUUUACUGCCCUUCAUCGCCAGAUUCACGACGUCUCCGGCCGUAUUGCACAUCGCCGUCGCAGGUGAUCUUGCCGACGUCAUGAGGCUGCAUUCCGGCGUAUCUUACUUCAUAUACUCCUAUGGGGGCCAACAAGCAUACGAUAAUGCGCUGCUCGCGUACGCAAUUGCUCGCAUCGCGCAGAAACCCGUCAUCCACGCAUACCACCCUGGAUCUCCUUCCGACACGAUCCAUCAACUUGUAGACGAAGACCUUAAACGGCUUUGCGAGCCCGAGGCUACGGGUUUUGAGGGACUGCCACUCGUUAUAUACGAUCGAGCGGCCCUUCGUGUUCAGUCCUUCACAGGGCGUGAACUCCUUCCCUUCGCCCAGGCUGGCGAACGUCAAGCAACGGUCGCUGCUGUCGUACUUGGCUAUCCCGAGCCCGGGUCUGUCGAUCCUGACGCCAGUCUUAUCAUCAGGAUGUCUCUAUUAGCACCCUUCCCCGAGCAUGCUCUUCUAAAAGCGCUCAUACCCGCGAAACGCGUCGUCGUCCUCGACCAAGUGCUUCAUUGGGAUCUGAAGUGGACACCUUUGUUCCUUAGCAUCGCGAAUACCCUUCAAUCGCAAGACGAGGAGAGCAGACCCGCUCUGGUAUCACGCGAUAGCCGCUCGGAAAGGUUGUCCGACUUGAUCGCACGGGGCGCUUCGGCCAGCGCUCCUCUUGGCUCCCCAUCAUCGCCAGCCCCAAAUACCGUCCACGUCCCUUCCCACGAGUCGUCGUACACCGACAUUCUUGUCCACAUGUUCGGAGACCGAUUGCACAUCUUGAACGACCCUGCCCUUGCCAAGCAAGCCGGUCCAGCGACCGCUUCUCCAGAGUUCGCUUUGGGCCGCGCUCGACGUGAACUUGAGGAACGUGCAAGCCUCGUGCACGUCGUGCGCAACUUGCUCGAAGAUCCUCAGACGCCUUCCACUCUUCAUGCUCAGUUGGGCCGCUGGUUGUGCGCCAAAGACGACCCCACCAAGAGCAAGACCUAUGGGGAAGAGAUAAUAGAGACGCUCACGGCGAGUGGCUCAACCCAAGAGCAGGUUGCGCGCAUCCUUGCACUCCGUUCACACUUACCUGCACGGUCUCGCUGGAUCAUUGGCUCAGAUGCCUGGUCCUACGACAUUGGCGCCUCUGGCUUGCACCACGCGAUAGCGUCAGGCCUCAACAUCAACGUGCUUGUACUCGACACUGUCCCUUACUCGACGCGCAACGCAGAUCCAGACCGUCGCAAGCAGGAUGUGGGCCUAUACGCGAUGAAUCAUGGAGAUGUCUACGUGGCGAGCAUCGCGGUAUAUGCUUCGUAUGGCCAAGUUCUACAAGCGCUUGCAGAGGCGGACGCAUACCCCGGACCAUCCAUCGUUCUGGCAUAUCUUCCAUAUAGCCGCGAAGACGAGCCCGUCUCGUCGCUUCUCAAGGAAACGAAGGAUGCCGUGGACUCCGGCUACUGGCCGCUCUACCGAUGGAACCCAUCCCGCGAGGCGCGUGGAGAAGAGGUUUUCCAGCUCGACUCCCCAUCCAUCAAACAGGAGUUGCAGGCGUUUCUUGAUCGCCAGAACCAUAUCAGCCAGCUUGUGCGCAACGGGCCUCAACUCGCCGCGAACGUCGUCUCAAGUGUUGGUGAAUCCCUUCGCGCCGCGCGUAAGGAACGCGCACAGGCCGCGUACGCAGACUUGCUAGCUGGCAUCGAUGCACCUCCGAUCAUCAUCCUCUAUGCUUCGGAUGGCGGCAAUGCGGAGAAGAAGGCGCGCCGGCUCGCUCAUCGUGCAAAGGCCCGUGGACUUAGCGCCACCCUCUCGACCCUGGAUUCCUUCGGUCUCGACGCAGUGGCGAAGGAGGAAAACGUCGUCUUCAUCACGUCCACCGCGGGGCAAGGAGAACCUCCGCAGAAUGGGCGCGCCUUCUUCAAAGCCAUCAAUGCUGCGGCGGCGAAGGCCGAGCGCCCGUUUGCCAACUUGAAGUACACGGUCUUCGGCAUGGGAGACAGCCAUUACUGGCCUCGACCGGAGGAUGCGGGUUACUAUAACCGCCCUGGGAAGGAGCUUGAUGCGCGGUUAUCUCAGCUCGGCGGCGAGCGCUUCGCGCCUCUGGGGCUAGGUGACGAGCAAGACGCGGAUGGGGCGGAGACGGGUUACAAGAUCUGGGAGCCGCUGGUGUGGAAGCACUUCAAGGUGGAUGCGGUCGAGGUGGAAGAACCCGAACCCGAACCUAUCACUGCCGAACAUAUCAAGGCCGCAUCGAACUACUUGCGGGGAACGAUUGCCGAAGGACUUGCGGACACGAAUACAGGCGCGCUUGCUGAGUCGGAUACGACGCUCACCAAGUUCCACGGCGUAUACCAACAAGACGACCGCGAUGUUCGCGAAGAACGUCAGGCAGCAGGCGUCGAGCCUGCGUACAUCUUCAUGAUUCGCGUGCGAGUGCCAGGCGGCGUUGUUACUCCUGAGCAGUGGCUCACGAUUGAUCAAAUCGCCGAAGAGUACGGCGCGGGCAACUACAAGUUGACGACGCGGCAGAACUUUCAGAUACACGGUGUUCUGAAGCGCGACCUCAAGGCGACUAUACAAAGACUCAAUGUCGCGCUCAUGGAUACCCUGGCCGCUGGCGGAGACGGAAACCGCAAUGUUCUCGUAACCGUUAUUCCAACACUCUCGAAGCUACAUGAGCAAGUGUAUGCUUUCGGCAAGAAGAUCAGCGAGUACCUGCUACCUCGCACGGGCGCCUAUCACGAGAUCUGGCUCGACAAAAAGCUUGUUGCCGGUGAUGCUCUACACGACCAUGAGCCGCUCUUCCGCGACACCUUCUAUCUGCCUCGCAAGAUCAAGUUCGCCAUAGCCGUUCCUCCAGUGAACGACAUCGAUGUCUUUUCCAAUUGUGUUGGCUUCAUCGCGAUUGUGGACGAGAGUGGCGAUCUUGCCGGUUUCAAUGUUGCCGUCGGUGGAGGAAUGGGCUUCACACAUGGGACCAAGAAGACCUAUCCGCGCGUCGCCGACGUGAUCGGCUUCAUUACCCCGGAUCAAGGAAUGGCGGUUGUGGAGACCAUCUUUCUAUUCCACCGCGAUAACAGUAACCGACAAGAUCGCAAAAAUGCUCGCCUCAAGUACACCAUCGACCGCAUCGGUCUGGACGUCUUCAAGUCCGAGAUUGAGAAGAUGCUUGGCUUCCCCUUUCAGCCAGCGCGCGCUUUCGCGUUCACCCGGAACACUGACACCUAUGGGUGGCAGACAGGCAUUAAUAGGAAGCAUCACUUCACUUGCUACAUUGAGAACGGGCGCGUGCGUGAUACUACAAACCAUCCAAUCAAGUCGGGUCUACGCGAGAUUGCAAAGGUGCACAAGGGCGGCUUCCGGCUCACCGCGAACCAACACGUCGUCAUCGCCGAUGUUGCGGACGAAGAUCUACCUGACAUCAAGAGGUUGCUCGCUCAGUACAAGCUCGAUAAUGUCAGCUUCUCUGGUUUACGACUAUCGUCAUCUGCUUGUGUGGCGCUACCUACAUGCCCCAUUGCCAUGGCUGAAUCCGAACGGUAUUUUCCCUUUCUGCUGAACAAGAUUGAGGCUAUACUAGAAGAGAACGGGCUUCGCGACGAUGCCAUUGUCGCUCGUAUGUCUGGUUGUCCAAACAGCUGCUCGCGACCUUCACUGGCUGAGCUCGGCUUCAUCGGCAAGGCACCCGGCUCUUAUCUCAUGUUGCUGGGCGGUGGCCACCGUGGCGAGCGCCUGGCAAAGAUCUAUCGUGAGAGCGUGACCGAACCCGAGAUCCUCGCCACCCUCAAGCCCAUGAUCAAGAGAUAUGCGCUAGAACGGCUGGACAGUGAACUCUUCGGGGAUUUCGUCGUUCGUGCUGGAUAUAUCGCGCCUAUGAGGGCGGGCACAGAUUGAGGAUGGACACAGCCGCUCAUUCGCUUUGCAGGCGACGAAUUUGAUCCCCUCUUGAUCGAACCCAUCAUUAUGAGCGAUGUGCGCGAUUUCGGGGAGCCCUUUGACGCCGCGGAUGCAGACAUCAUACUUCGCUCCGUCGAUGGUAUCGAUUUCCGUGCACAUCGUGCUGUCUUAGCACAGGGUUCGCCACUCUUUGCCUCCAUGUUUAGCCUACCUCCUCCGGCUCCGGAUUCCACCACAUCUCUGUCGAAAGACGAACAGAAGGAUGGGAAACCUGUUGUCUCUAUGGCCGAGGACAAGGAUGCGCUCCAUCACCUGCUGAUCCUUUGUUAUCCCGCUUUCCUUCCUGCUCUCGAUAGCAUGGACGAGCUGUCUUUGACGCUCCGAGUGGCGCAGAAGUACGAGCUGCCAUGCGCAUCGAGUAUCGCCAAGUAUAGACUGCUUGCGCUGGCUUCCACGGCCCCAGAGCGUGCGUAUGCCCUCGGUUGGAUGAUCCGGUCGAAGGAGGUAGUCCAUCGCGCCGCCAAGGAGUCCCUCGCACGACCUCUCCUGGACAUCUCGCCUCAACCUGAAUUCGCUCAAAUACCAGGAUCGGCGGUAUUUGAACUACUGGCUUAUCAUCGCCUGUGUUUGCGUUCAGUCUCCAGCAUCGCGACUUCACUCGAAUGGCUGAAUCCAGCCGCAAUACCCGCUGCGGUACUUCAGUGGCAGAACAUUGCCGGCGCAGACAACAACGGAAGGUGCAAUUGCAACAUCCCCCUUGUCUCAAUUGUGGUAUCUGGAGGCGUCGUACUCUGGGUCAAAACUUGGUGCAAGUUGUACUUGAACGCGGCGGUCAGCGAGCUUCAACAAUGCAUCAGGGGAUCGACGGUCAAGCAAUUCAAAUUGCUACGAGACGGUGUCGUCAACAGCGCAUCGGGUUGUCAUACCUGCAUGAGUAACUGUUUCGCGGCGCUGGACAAGUUAUCAGACCUAUUGGCUGUGGAGGUUGAGAGAGUGAUUACAGAGGCAUUGUCUAAACUCGAGACACCCUUCUGA